AUGGAAAAGGAGCGGAGAGAGCAGCAGGUGUUUGAAAACCUUCAGGUCGAGGGCUAUGCAGAUGCCGAGUUCUUGGACAAGAGACCCUCUUGCGAUAGUCGCAUGGACGAGGGUCUACCUGAGCCUCUUCGCCCGUUGAGCCCUCCACACGAGUCUAGAAGCGAAGCUCCCCUGAACCAACAAGAGGAUCAUCAGCGCGUUCCUGCUUUCUUCCGGCAGAGCAGGCACUUCUCGCAGAGCUUCAAGCUGCCUUCACUCAAGCAGGCGACACAAGUUGACCAGAAAUUCAUGAUUCGAGCGACUAUGAACGAUGUGCCGGGGCUGUUUCUGUUCGCCCUCUGGCUGAUGGUCUAUGUAGUCUUCGUGUAUGCCCUGAGAUCAUACUCGUCCGCGUGUGCCAACGUGCAAACGGAUGAGAGCGAGUACUACACCAUGAAGAAGACAAUGUUCGUCAAGAUCCUGGCGGUGUUUCUUUUCAGCAUUUGUAUCCUCAUGGAUCUGUCUGGUAUGCUGUUUCAGAUCUCCGCCAAGAAGAGGACUCUCAACAGCCUCGUCCUCUUCAUCAACCUCGUUGCUUGCACGGUUUACCUGAGUUACGUCACGGGCGUGCUGCCGGUCCUCCACGACCUUGAGGGGCGGCAGAUGUUCAUCGAGCGCUACUUCCAAUGGAUGAACACAACUCCCUGCAUGCUGUUUGUCUUGCAUGCUCUCGGGUCGUCCAUGGAAAAGGAGCUCGUCAUCUCCUUCUCGUCGCUCUUCCGCGUCCUGAUAUCCGAUGAGUUGAUGAUCCUCACAGGGCUCGUUCAUGCCGUCGUUGGUAACAGCAUGAUUGGUUGUGUCGCUUGCUUCCUGUCUUGCUGUUUCUUCCUCGACGUUCUCCGGGGUGUUCACGCCUUCACCAACUCAAGCGUUGCUAGAGCUGCGACAACGUACGAGAUCGCGUCGUUGAGGUCGUUGGAGAUCAGCACCUUCUUGCUGUGGUCCGUGUUCCCCGUCGUUCACCUGCUGCACUAUGGAGGUUUCAUCUCAACCUUCCAGUAUGACAUAGCGCAGACCUUCGUUGAUAUCCUCACCAAGUCGGUCUACACCGUCACGCUCCUCACCGGAAACUUCUGCAUCCUCGACACUGUCGCCGAGGUCAGGAUCGCCCAGCUGCAAGCUGAAAAAGAGACGAAGCAUAAGAACGUGAUCCGCACCGAGCUGAUGAACCAGGCGCUGCAGACGGCGAUGCUAGAGGCGGAGACUUCAUCUCGCCUGUCUCGUCAUUUCCUUGCCAACAUCAGCCACGAGCUUCGCACCCCCCUCAACUCGGUCGUCGCCUUCAACUCGCUCCUGCUGGAGUCGGAGGACCUGAGCGCCGCACACAAGGAUUACGUUCGUUCCUCCUUGACGUCCGCGGACGCUCUGCUAACCGUCAUCAAUCAGGUGCUGGACUACCCCAAGUUGGAAGCGAAGGAGGACAACGAGAAGGAGGGCAAGGGAGGAGAAGAGAAGGAGGGCAGCGAGCUCAUGGAGGAGUUCUCCCUCCUCAAGCUUGGCGAGGAUCUCUCCGACCUCAUCGCCUCCUGCAUCAAGUCAGACCUUGACUUCGCCGUCGACAUCCAAGUCUCUGAGGCAGACGCGGAGCUCUUUCUCUAUGGCGAUGCCUUCCACAUCCGUCAAUGUGCCAUGAACCUCUGCGACAAUGCCAUGAAGUUUUCGCCGGAGCAGGGAGGAGAAGUGACUCUACGCAUGAGGCUCUCAGACUUGGACGAGGCCUCGUCCGUGUGCCUGCUGCACGUCGAGGUGGAGGACAACGGCAUCGGAAUCCCAGAGGACAAGCUCAACCUCCUCUUCAAACCUUUCUCUCAGGUUUCCUCGCAGUACACGCGACUGCAUCAGGGGACGGGGCUGGGCCUCGCCAUCACCAAGAAGCUCGUCGACUCCAUGCACGGCAGCAUCUCCUGCCAGAGCAGAGGAGCAGAAGCCGCGAAGAGCAGAGGAGGAGCAGCGGCAGGAGGCACGGGAACAGUCUUCUGCAUCACUGUUCCUCUUCACUUCACUCGUCAACCCGUAGGGGUCAACUCCACCCUAGAAAUCCCAGGCCUGCAGGAGGGGACCGUCAUCCUGGCGACGAGGAAAGGACCGAGCUCAGCGCUCAUCAUGAGGCUGUGCAAAGAGAGGAAGGUGAGGGUGGUGGACCUGCGGCAGGACAAGGGGCCGGUCAGCAAGCAGCUGCUGGUGAAGCUGCAGGCGGCAGUGAAGGCUCAGGGGGAUCGGCCGUUCUGUGUGGUGGUGGACAUGCUGGUGUACGAGCAACUGAGCGCGAUGGCGACGGAGCUGAGCUGCUUGAAGAGCUUCUUGAUCUUGGGGGGGAUGACGUCCCAGCUCUGCCUGCUCAAGAAGAAGCGACACGACGAAGCCUCCAACGUCAUCCCCCUCCCCAUCAAGCCGUCGGUGCUCUUCUCUAAGAUCUUCUCCUCCUUCACGGAGGAGAAGAAGUCUCCUGCCCUUCCCUCCUUUCCUUACGCUGCCAAGGUAGCCAAGGAGACGGUGAGCAGCGGGAACGUCCCGGCCCUGGAGGAGGCGGUGAAGAAGGAGGCGGAGGAGGAUAAUCGCAUGCGCAUCCUCGUGGUGGAGGAUCAAAUCGCCAACCAGAAGGUCGCAGUAGCCCUCCUCCAGCGCGUCUUCGGCAAGGAUAAGGUUGCGGUUGACAUCGCCAACAACGGAGAGGAAGGAGUCGCAGCCGCAUCGUCUGGAAGCUACGACCUCAUCCUCAUGGACAUUCAGAUGCCCAUCAUGGAUGGACUUGAGGCCUCUCGCAAGAUCCGCGAGUGGGAGAAGGAGAAGGAUCGAAAGAAGAUCUGCAUCAUAGCUGUCACUGCUCACACCAGCCCAGCGCAUGUCGAGGAAUGUAUGCAAGCAGGCAUGGAUAGACAUUUCUCGAAACCCCUCAGCCUUUCUCUCAUGCGAUCCAUCGUAGAGGACUUCGAUGAUUGGAAAGGAAGUCGCGUUUAA